AUGGCGGUCUCCCAUCAAUGAACAGGGAUCAGUCAACGCUGGCGAUAAGGUUAGAUACCAGAGUCAAGUAAGGUGCGACCCUGUCUUUCGCUUCUGUUCCUUCCCAGAUCGUGGCCAAGAACAGCAGCAGCAGCAGCAGGGGGAACAUCUGAAACUUCCCGAAACGAAACCUUAACGAGAAUCGAGAAGCGACCCGGCACGCGGCCAGUGUGAGAGGCGAGCAUGGAGAGGAGGGUGGACAACAAGUGGGUGUCGACGAUCGCGAGCGUGUGGAUCCAGGCCAGCGGCGGCGCGUCCUACACCUUCGGCAUCUACUCCUCCACCCUCAAGUCCUCCCAGUCCUACUCCCAAUCCACCCUCGACACCGUCUCCGUCUUCAAGGACAUCGGUGCCAACGCCGGCGUCAUCUCCGGCCUCUUCUACUCCGCCGUCACCGGGGAGCGCGGCCGCUCCGGGCGGUCGGUGCUCUCGCCCGGGCCGUGGCUCGUCCUCCUCGCCGGGGCCGUGCAGUCCUUCGCCGGGUACUUCUUCAUGUGGGCCUCCGUCGUCGGGGUGAUUGACCCGCCGCCGGUCGCGGUGAUGUGCCUGUUCAUGUGGGUGGCGGCCCACGCGCAGACUUUCUUUAACACCACCAACGUGGUCAGUGGCGUGCACAACUUCUCCGAUUACAGUGGGACAAUUGUGGGCAUCAUGAAGGGCUGUCUUGGUCUGAGUGGAGCUAUACUAAUCCAAGUGUACUAUACAAUGCUCAAGGACCAGCCGAGUGCCUUCAUUCUGAUGCUAGCAUUUUUACCAACAUCCGUGUCGCUCAUGCUCAUGCUUUUGGUACGAAUCUACGACACGAAUGCAAUGGGAGACAAGAAGCAUUUGAAUAGCAUCUCUGCAGUCGCUCUGAUCAUUGCUGCUUAUCUCAUGAUCUUAAUAAUUCUGGAGAACAUCUUUACCAUGCCGUUAUGGUCACGUAUCCUAACGUUCAUAGUUCUGCUAUUUCUGCUUUUUUGGCCUCUUAAAACGGCGAUUGUGGCAAUGAGGGGGGAAAGGGAAGGAUUGUCACAGCCGUCGUCUUCUGAGCAGAGUCCAUUGUUGUACGAUCCGCCGCAAGUAGUGUCCGAGAAAGUUUCGGAAGACAUGAAUAUUAUACAGGCGAUGUGUACUGCGGACUUCUGGCUGUUGUUUGUAGCCAUGGUGUGUGGGCUCGGCUCUGGAUUAGCCACCAUAAACAACAUCAGCCAAAUCGGAGAAUCCCUCGGAUACACCACCGUCGAGAUCAACACUUUGGUCUCCCUAUUGAGUAUAUGGAACUUUCUAGGUCGCUUCGGAGCCGGAUAUGUUUCUGAUGUCUUGCUUUACAAGAGAGGUUUCACGAGGCCGUUCUUGAUGGCUUUUACUCUGCUCAUCAUGACGGUCGGUCACAUAAUCAUUGCUUCCGGCUUUUCAGGAAAUCUUUAUGUGGGCUCAGUCCUCGUGGGCGUUUGCUACGGUUGCCUGUGGUCGUUGAUGCCCACGAUCACUUCGGAGAUAUUCGGCGUUGGACACAUGGGCACCAUUUUCAACACCAUAGCCAUAGGUAGUCCCGUCGGAUCGUACAUCCUGUCGGUGAGAGUGAUCGGAUAUAUCUAUGAUGAGGAAGCGACGGGGGAGGAUAACUCCUGUUACGGCACUCAUUGCUUCAUGCUGUCGUUCUUCAUAGUGGCAUCCGUUGCCUUCUUCGGUUUCCUGGUCGUUCUGGUGUUGUUCUUCCGCACAAGAAGUUUCUACAAGCUAAUUCUUCAUAGAAGAUCGCAGCAUUCGCAGCUCACAGCGGUUGAGUGAAUUCCUUGAUUAGUUUGUUCUUUUUCAUGCCAUUUCCUUGUUGUAUUCCGGACCAAGUGAAAUUCUGAGCGCUACAUAAUACCCAUAUGUCUCCCUCGUUUUUCUUAGGGGAGAGAGAGAGAGAGAGAUGGAGAUCUGAUCAAUUAUUGGCUACGACUUGUCCUUAUCGAGCAGUUUUCCGUUAAUUUUUGCUUUC